AUGGCCAUCGCCGAUUCUGACGAACGUAAUGAUGCCCGCCUUGACAUAUACACACGAGGAAUGGAACAAGUAAUUAGAUUCCUAUCCAUGAAGGCGAAGGAAACCGAGUUGGAGGGGUUCAAUUUACAAAAGGCGUGGGUGUGUCGUGAUCUCGCAACCUAUGGGAAACAGGAUACACAGGAUACACAGGAUUCCCGAAAAAUUUCCAAGGAACCAUUCCACAGUGACCAGAGCAAUUGA